AUGCUCGUGAAACAAAUUUCUCUGAGACGAUUAUUCUAUUACACUUACACGUCCCACCUAUAUAUACCAUUUGUCACCUACCCUGGGGCGAUCGAUUGUUUUAGAAAUCUUUCGGAAUUGAAUUGUGGUUCCGACAUUGAUUCUGAACUCCUUUAUCGAUUAUCUCAUAUCUGUCAAAAAAUACGAACGUUAAACGUGACCUUUGGCGAACGAAUCUCAACCGGAUUUUCCGAUUUAAUCUCAGUUCAACAAAGAUUAAAUUGUUUACAAAUCUUUCAAACUUACAAAUGUGAGAGUUUUACGAACAUCAUCCCAUCAUUCAAAAGUUUAUCGAAGUCAUUAACAAAAUUUGAAUUUUAUGGUGGAAAUCAUCAUAAUCCCCCUUUAUCAUUCAUAACGCAAUUCACAAAUUUGAGAGAAUUGUAUUUAUUAUUCAAUCACAACGAUUACUCGGUAAAUUUUCGGGACGUCACCUUUCCGCACCUGCGAAUCUUGGUGUUUAAAUAUUAUAGUCCAAGGUUCAUUAAUUUAAAUGAAUUUUUAAAGAUUAAUGGAAAGUAUUUGAGAGAACUUCAAAUUGGAAAAUCCAACAAUUUGAUAAACUUUUCCAUAUCAACAUUCUGGUUUCAUGAAUUGAAAGUAUGCGCAUGUUUGAUAGGAACAAAGUUAUUUUCGAAAAGGUCACGAAGAACGAUCUUUACGGAAGAUUAUAUCCCUCCAAGAACCCUUUCGAUAAACCUUACGGUUGAAUCGAAUGCGACGGAAAUAGAUUAUACAUCGAUUAAUGAAUUUAAAAAAUUGUGCAUAAUUAAACAAUUUAAAGUGAUCGAGGAUAGUUAUUAG